UUUUGUUUUAAACAAGAUUAUAUGCGAUGAGUUAAAUACAAAUACAAAAUAAACAAAGUUGUCACUCAAAACAACAUUUUGCAAAACCAGCAAACAUUGAAAACAUAUAUGAGUGCUUAUAUUUUCCAGUCCUCAUACUAGGCUAUACCAUUUGUAGAAUACAGGAGACAAUUCUGACUAAAGCUAUUUCUCAGCGGUUUUCCAGAACAAUGAAGGUUAUCAUAUGAGAGACUUAAAGAUUAACAAUGGGUUGUGGCUCCAGUACCUACACUGAUCCAGAGUCAGUGGAAAAAAGACCACAUUCAGCACAACAUCAGCCUAAGACCAAUAGUGUGCAGCAUGACAAUCCCAAAGGACAGAACAAUAACAAACAAAAUGAAAACAAGCCAAAAGAUGAUAAUGAAGAGACCUCAAACUGUAUUAUUGAUGAGUCAAAAAACAAAAAUAGCAGCAGGGAUAUCAAUAAUCAGAUUCAGGAUGAAAAAGAUGAUGAUAUAGGCCUUAAUGAGCCAGAUAACAAGGAGAACCAAGAUAAAAUAAUUCAUGAAGAACUCGGAAUUGAGGUUGUACAAGAUGGAAGUAGGCUGGUAACAGGGAAUUCCAAUGAAAUGGCAAAGUCAGUUUGUGAGAAAGAAGAAGAAUCUGUAGCUCUAUUGAAUAGGGAAGAACAAGAACAGGAGUCUAAAGAUCUCGAAAAAGAAUCAGAUGAAACUAAUGAUGGAUUCAGAGAAACAAUCAAUACACUUAAUGAAUCAAUCGAUGAAGUUGAUGCUGGAAAAAUCAGUCAAUUUGCUAGAGAAUUGAAAAUGAAAAUAAUCAAUGGAUGUUUUGAAUCAGCAUCAAAGUGUGAUAGCAAAACUAUUCGUUUGUUUGUCUCCAGUACUUUCACAGACACCAAAGCAGAGCGUAACUAUCUAAUGAGACAUAUCUACCCAGAUAUACGUGAUUUCUGUGCUGCAAGGGGAGUGUCAUUCAGUGUGGUUGAUAUGAGAUGGGGUAUCAGAGAUGAAGCAACAAAUGAUCACAUGACAAACGAUAUAUGUAUGACUGAAAUAGAAAAAUGUAGGAGAGAAACGAUUCAGAGUGCACCUUGUUUUCUCUAUUUAGGCUUCAACAAGUAUGGAUACAAACCCCUCCCUCGUACUAUUGAAAUAAGUGAAUUUAAAGCCAUAUUAAACAACAUUGAUGAUGAGAAUGCACUAUCUCUGAUCAACAAGUGGUAUAAAUGUGAUGAAAACAACAUACCUCCUAUCUAUAUUCUACAGCCCAUAUCAGUCCACAUACCUGAAUACUUGACAUGUCGUGAUGAAGAACGUAGGUCUGUCAUACAACAGUGGUACACAGUAGAGGAAAUUCUUAAAGAGAGCCUUUCUAAAGCAGCACUGAUGUCCAGUGAGCUGUCUGAUGAACAGAAAAAUAAAUGGAUAUUUUCUGUUACCCACCAAGAGGUGAUAGCUGGGAUGCUAAAACCUAAUGGUGAAGAAAAUCGUUCUUUGUGUGUCAUGAGGAACAUCCCAUACCUCAAGCAAGGCCAAUUUCAAAAAGAUGACAUCAAGUUUGCCUGUCGUUUCAUUGAUAUGGACAGGACAGUUGAACCUCAUGUUAUUGAUACAAAUGUCAAAAAGUUGAUAGGAAAACUCCAAGAUGACACUCUGAAAAAGUGUGGUAACAUACUCAAAUAUGAUGGCAUCAAAUGGGUACAAGAUGGAGGAGUGACUGAACAGACACACCAAGAGUACAUCAAAGCAAUGGGAAAACAAGUUGGGAAGAGCCUACAAGGAGCAAUCAAGAGAGCUAUAGAGACCACACCAGAUAUGGAUUCUGUGACACAGGAAUGUGCCUCUCACCUCAAGUUCGGUUACUCUAGAGCCAAUAGCUUCUUUGGAAGAGUAGAUCUGAUUGAUGAAGGAUUGAAAUACUUUAAAGUUAAUGGAGAAGUCACAAGGGUGCCACUCGUAGUCCAUGGGAUAAGUGGAGCUGGAAAGACAUCCCUUAUGGCUGCCUUGGCAUACAGAGGUAUCAAGCAAAUAGAUGACUCCAGUUCCUCAAAUCCAGUUCUAGUUGUGAGGUUUUGUGGAACAACUCCCCUCUCAUCAAGUGGACGUGUUCUACUCAAGAGCAUAUGUGAUCAGAUAAAAGAGGCAUUUGACGAUGGUCAGCCUUCUCCUCCAAUAAGCUAUGCUUAUGCUGAUUUGAUUGUAGAAUUCAAGCGUCAGAUUGGGCGUGCUACUGCUGAAAGGCCAAUUGUGAUAUUGAUAGACUCUCUUGAUCAGCUGAAUGAUGAUGAUUUUGCAAGGACUGAGCCUGUGUGGAUUCCUAAUCAACUUCCUCCUCAUGUUUACCUGGCAGUAUCAACACUUCCUAAUAUUGGCGGAAGUUACAAAUAUCUCAAGACCACAGACAUUUCUGAGGUGGAAGUGGUACCCCUAAACUUGGAUGAUGCAAGGAAUAUCCUGUCUGCAUGGCUGAAGAUCAGCAAACGGACACUGACCCAGUCUCAAUUAAACACUGUUCUAAGUGUAGCAACUGAUAGUACAACAGAGCAACCAACAGCUCUCAGAUUGAGACUCCUUUGUGACGCUGUGGUUGGAGUUGAGUCUUACUCUAAUCUACCAGAACUUCCAAAUACAGUAACUGGUCUCAUAAAUGCCUUCUUUGAAAGGCUUGAAGUCUAUCAUGGGAAGGAACUUAUUCAAACCUGUUUUGGACUUUUGUCAACAGCCAGAUUUGGUCUGAGUGAAUCAGAGCUCAUAGAUCUCCUCUCAUGUGAUGAUAAUGUUAUGGAUGCCGUCCUUCAAUACCACAAACCACCAGAGAAACGUCUACCAUUUGUGGUCUUUGCUCGUCUGAUGAAUGAUAUCAAAGAUUAUGUCAGUAUACGUGGUGGUUUGGGAAAAAAUGCAAUGACAUGGUACCAUAGACAAUUCAUAGAAGCCUCUGAGAGAACAUACAAGAACAAGAACCUUCUUAAUCUGUCAAAUCAUUUAUCAAAGUAUUUUGACAACACAUUCAGCAAGGAGUUUCCAGAUCGUGGUAUUGCUCCACAACCAUUGUAUUGGAAGUCAAACGAUGGAGAAUCUGAGGGACGAAUAAAUCUGAGUGCUGUUGCUGAACUUCCUGCAGCUCUCAUGGCGGGACAACGUAGAAAACGAUGUGUAGAAGUGCUAGCAGAUCCAGUCUUUCUAUCAGCCAAGUGUUAUGCAGGUUUUGGCCGUGAUCUUGUAGGAGACCUGUUUGACCUGAAAGACACUCUUUCUAACUUCGUCAUGAUGAUUCCUAAUGAUGAAGAUAGGGCUAUGGAUUCUAAAGAUGACACAAUAAAUGACCUAGCAGAAUUCAUUCGAAGUCAGAUGAACAUUCUUGAAAAAAACACUGAGCUUUUUGUCCAACAAGGAAUGGAUCAAAUAAAAUCAACCAUUGCCAGAAGUCUAAUUGAAGAAUACCAAACAAAAGAUGGUGGUCUCCUACCCUGGGUACCUAAUGGCAUUAAGAGGCCUUUGGUGGAACACAUAAACAAGUAUCAAGAUUCACAUCCCUGUGCCAUGACACUUGAUGGCCAUACUGCUCCUGUAACUGCUGUUAGUCUUCAGAUGAUAAAAGGGCAAGCCAUUAUAUCAGCAUCAGAGGAUGGUUCUGUUAGACUUUGGGACAGAAAAACUGGAAGACAGAUUGGAAAAAUGACAACAAAAAGUUCCAUCAGAACAAUGUCUAUAACCGAAUUACCAAGUUCCAAGGUUUACUUUAACACAUCCCUGCCAUGUGGCACUGCAGUGUUUGUAGGAUGUGAAGAUGGCAGUGUAUAUGUAUGGCGAGUGGCAUUCAGCUAUUUCAAAGGGAAAGAACCAAUGAUUGUUCCAAUCUCAAUAUUCCAAGCUUUUAAUGAUACACCGGUCCAAACCAUUGCAGUAGAAUCUUCAGUGAAUGACAAGGAUUGUAGCCGGAUAGUUACAGGAUCAUGUUACACUUUAAAUGAAGAGGAUGGGGGUCAAGGAGAAGUCAAGCUAUGGGACAUAUCAGAACUCUUAACUGUCCAAUCAGGUGAUGAAUUAAGAGAGCCAAUUCUCCUGAGUAUGAAGACACGACAUGAAAUAGCAAUAGCACAAUAUGGUAACAAAGAAUGGAAUGUUGGCAUAAAAGCUCUGGCAUAUUCCCCUGAUAAUGCAUACAUUGCCGUAGGGUUUGGACUUCCAACUUACAUGAGCGGGAAAGGAGAGAUUCUUGGAGCUGUGGUGAGAAAUGAAACUUUGGAGACAGCCUGUGUGAUUGAUGGAGGGAAUUUCCAGUUGCACUAUUUGGAGUUUAACAAGAAUUACUCCAAUGGUGAGACCUACAGACUGCUGAUAUCCACACCGUAUACAUUUGAAGUAUGCCUCAUUACCCCUAGUAAAGGCAAUAAUAACAACCGAUCGGCAAUGCUAUUUGAAAAGCUUGACAGUAAUCAUUCUUCAGGUGCAUUCACAACAACAGAGAAUAUAUAUGGAUCAGCAGUGGCAUCAAUGCUCUUGUUAUGGAAGGAUUCUCAAAAGUUUGAGUUCAAGGCUCAUGGUGGACCACUGAAGACUGUGGACUUUGGUAAUGCAGGUAUUACAAAGUUGUGUGUAACUGGUGCAGCUGAUUCACUUGUCAAGGUAUGGGAUGUUGACAAAUGCUUUGAAUAUGAGCCCCCAGAUCAAUUACACAACUUCUCGUGUACAGCUCUUGGGAUAGACCCCCAACAGGGUGUAAUUGUAACAGGUGGCGAUAGAGGAAGUUCAAUCUUUGCUGAACUCCGUUCUUGGAAUAGCCGAACAGGAGAAAUGAUUACAUACUCCAACGGUUUCAGUGAUAAGCUCACUAAUAUUCAAUAUUGCCCUUGCUCCAGAUUGUGUUGUGUCAGGAAAGGAGAGAAUAAUCAAAUACUGGUGUAUGGAAUGUCAACAUUUGUUAAUGCAAGCCAUGGCUUCGAUGGAAGAUCUGCGAAAAUCAAUACAAUAACAGUGUCUGAAAAUAAAGAAACCCACAAGCGCUAUGUCGCUGGCCGUGGAGAACUAAGCUUUACCCCUGACUGUGCAUGGCUUGUAUCAAAUUCACCAAGUAGUCGUGAUGUUAAAAUCUAUUCAGUAUCUGAGAUUGGCAGAAAAAAUGGUGACAAAACAGAUAUAGCGCUUGGAUCACAUAAUGGAGAUACAAUGGGUGGUCACUUCUCUGAUUCUGGUCGUUACCUCAUAACAUGGUGUGCUGAUUACACAAAUGAAUCUAAGAGAAGCUAUGAUGAUGCUCCACAACCAAGAAAUAGUGAACUUAAACUGUGGGAACGUAAAGCUGGUCCAGAAUUUAAUGAAGUGAAGUGUGUUGAAGCUGACAAAACAAGACCUUCUGUGGGAACAAUAAACCCUCAUAGGGGUCAUCAUGGCUUCUCAUGUGCCAGAAUAUCUCCUGAUGGUGCAAAGCUUGCAGUGGGCACCAGGACAGGACAAUUACAAGUUAGAAGUAUCCCCUCUCUAGAUAUCAUUGCUAACACCACUGCACAUGAGAAUGAUAUAUCAUCUGCCAAGUUUUCACCUGAUGGGGAACUUCUUGUAACUGGUUCCAUGGAUAAAUGGGUGUCACUAUGGAACAGUAGCAAUCUGGAUCGUAUCUGGAAGUACUAUGUUGGUUGUGGUGUUACAAGUUUGGAUGUUUAUAUAAUUGACAAAGUUUUCCGCAUUGCAUGUGGGGAUACAAGUGGCAGAAUGAAUGUACUGGAAGUUCACAAUGUUGAGCUUGGUCCCGUUCAUGCAUAUUCUGGGAGGUUUGUUCAUGAUGACAGCCCAUGUGGGUUCAGGUGCAGGUGGUGUGGUGCAUGGAAUGAGGGAGAACCUGCUGAUGACUCAGUGGUCAACUGUCAGUUUUGUUCAAGCCCCAUACAUCACAUAGGACAAUUUCUUAGUGAAGUUAAAACAGAAACUUAACAAUGGAGAUGCAAAUACCAACAAACAUAUUGUUCUUGAAUCUGAAUUAUGUGACAAUACUUCCAUGUACUUUUAAAUCACAUUCAAUACCUUCAUUCAGAAUGACCAAAAUCAUGUUUUGAAGAGAUCUCAAAAACGUAACUUUAAAUAGUAUAUCACAAUCAAUAUAUAAUGAAGAAAAUGUAAAUAUUAUUAGUAGUUACCUUAAACAUAACAUAUUUUUAUAUUUUUAGUUUAGCUAGAAGUGUUUUGUAGUUUAGAUAUGUAAUUUACCAUGUAGUUAUGACUAAUGUAAUCUAGUAUACAUGUAUGUCAAUAAAAGUAUAAUCCUAAGUUUAAAUAAAUAAAUAAUGUUGAAAAAAUGUUAAUACAGGUGUGUAAUCAUCAAAGUUAGCAAUAUACAAUAUGUGAUUUCUCUUAUCCAUGAUAAAAACAACAAAGCAUUAAAAUGCAAAAGGUCACCACCUGCCAUUAGUUACAGACACCUACUGCCGAACACCAUCCACAAGUUGGGGACCAUAACAAUAUGUCAACACUUGUAGUGGUGACAUAAAAA